AUGAAGCUCAAUCUCUCCCUCACGUUCGUCGCAGGCCUCGCCGCUGCCGCCAUCGGCGUCGACGCCGGCGUCCACAAGGCCAAGCUGCAGAAGCUCCCGAGCGCUGCCAAGCUCACCCCCGAGCUGCUUGCCGCCCAGGCCGAGAUCCUCCAGCUCAAGUACGGCGGCGCCAAGCAGGCUCCCUUCAAGUCGGGCAACAAUGCAGAGCACGACUUCAGCAUCCAGCCCGUCGAGCAGGCCAGCGAUGCCAGCGCCUGGUACGCCGAGGCCAAGAAGGGCCACGGCGUCCCCCUGACCGACUUCCUCAACGCCCAGUACUUCUGUGACAUCUCGCUCGGCACCCCGCCGCAGGAGUUCAAGGUCAUCCUCGACACGGGCUCGGCCAACCUCUGGGUCCCCUCGACCCACUGCUCGUCGAUUGCCUGCUUCCUCCACAAGAAGUACGACAGCUCCGCCUCGUCGUCCUACAAGAAGAACGGCACCGAGUUCAAGAUCCAGUACGGCUCCGGCUCCAUGGAGGGCAUCGUCUCCCAGGACACGCUCAAGAUUGGCGACCUCACCGUCAAGGGCCAGGACUUUGCCGAGGCCACCAGCGAGCCCGGCCUCGCCUUCGCCUUUGGCAAAUUCGACGGCAUCCUCGGCCUCGCCUACGACACCAUCAGCGUCAACGGCAUCGUGCCCCCGCUCUACCAGAUGAUCAACCAGGGCCUCCUCGACGAGCCCGUCGUCUCCUUCUACCUCGGCUCCUCCGAGUCCGACGGCGGCGUCGCCACCUUUGGCGGCAUCGACGAGAACCACUACGACGGCAAGAUCCACUGGGCGCCUGUCAAGCGCAAGGGCUACUGGGAGGUCGGCCUCGACAAGCUCGCCCUCGGCGACGAGGAGCUCGAGCUCGACAACGGCUCCGCCGCCAUCGACACCGGCACCUCGCUCAUCGCCCUUGCCCAGGACACGGCCGACAUCCUCAACGCCGAGAUUGGCGCCAAGAAGGGCUGGAACGGACAGUACAGCAUCGAGUGCGAGAAGGUUCCCAGCCUGCCCAAGCUCACCUUCUACAUCGACGGCAAGCCUUUCGAGCUCGAGGGCAAGGACUACAUCCUCGAAGUCCAGGGCUCGUGCAUCUCGAGCUUCCAGGGUCUCAACCUGCCCGGCCCGCUCGCCGACCUCAUCAUCGUCGGCGACGUCUUCCUGCGCAAGUACUACUCGGCCUACCACCUCGGCAAGAACGCCGUCGGCCUCGCACCGUCGCGGGCAUAG